UCGUCAGCGUCGCUCCCUCUACAGAUAACUGUGUUAGCCUUAGCUGGCUUACAUUUAUUCAUCAACAUGGAUUGAGCGGACUAUGACUGACACUUUUCACAUGGCAGGGCGGUGGAAAAUCAAGUUAUCUGAAGGUUACAGGAGUGGAAUAAGCCCGAGUCCGCAGCUUCAUCGGAACAGGAAGAGGAGAGUAGGUGAGCAGUGACCAUGGAGGCUGUAUUUCACUCUCUCUUCACCACAGCUGGCCAGCUGCCCUGGUUGCUUCUGACUCUGUUUACAUCAUGGACAGUUGUGUGUUCAGCAGACAUAAAGCAGACAAGAUGGCCAUUAUAUUCCCAGAAGCCAGUUCUUCUUGCCUGGAAUGCCCCAACAGAAGAUUGUUUUCCCCGACAUCGUGUAACUUUAUCUUUGGACCAGUUUGACAUUGUGGCGUCCCCCAAUGAGGGCUUUGUCCGGCAGAACCUUACCAUUUUCUAUAAAGAACGCCUUGGGUUGUAUCCCUAUUAUGAGCAUGGUGGCACUGCAGUGAACGGAGGCCUUCCACAGCUUGCCAGCCUCAGUCAGCACUAUGAAAAGAUGCCUGAAGGUUUGCAAAAAUAUUUACGUGAACCUCUGGCCAAAGGUUUAGCUGUUCUUGACUGGGAGGAGUGGCGCCCGUUGUGGAUCCGAAAUUGGGAUAUUAAAGAUAUCUAUCGAAAUAAAUCCCGUGAAAUGGUGGCCAGAAAGAACCCUACGUGGACCCCGGAACAAGUGAGGAAAGUUGCACAGCAGGAAUUUGAGCUGUCGGCUCGCAAAUUCAUGCUGGAGACUUUGAAACUUGCCAAGAAUCUGAGGCCCAAUCAGCUGUGGGGCUUCUACCUGUUUCCAGAUUGUUACAACCAUGACUACAGGAGUGGCCUGAAGAACUACAACGGCCGCUGUCCUGCUGUGGAGAUGGCCCGCAAUAACCAACUUAACUGGCUGUGGAUGGAAUGCACGGCGUUCUUCCCGUCGAUAUACAUGGGCUCUGUACUGAGCUCCACAAAUUAUGGGCGCCUCUUUGUCCGAAACAGGGUGAAGGAGGCGAUGCGCUUGGCACCUGUUGGGGAUGGAUUAGCACGCCCUGUUUUUGUUUAUACCCGCCCUACUUACAUCAAUGAGAUGACCACCCUAACAGAGAUGGAUUUGGUCUCUACCAUUGGUGAGAGCGUUGCACUUGGAGUUGCAGGUGUAAUCUUCUGGGGGGACACCUCCUAUACAGGCAGCAGUGCCAGCUGCUCCGCCAUAAAUGAGUAUCUUCAGGGACCGCUGGGCCAGUACCUGCUCAAUGUGUCUACAGCAGCAGAACAGUGCAGUAAGGAGCUGUGUAAAUCCCACGGCCGCUGUCUGCGCAAAAUACCAGACAAUGACGUUUACCUGCAUCUCAGCCCCUCAACACACAGCAUCACCGGUCAGGGCGGACGGCUGAAGGUUACAGGCGUGCCUGGCCAAGCUGAGCUGGCUCGUUUCCACACACACUUCCAGUGCCAGUGCUACAGUGGGUACAGGGGUGAAGCCUGUGCUCAGAAAGAAAAAGGGCAGAAUAAAGCCUCCUCUGUCUUUGGGACCUGGCCCCUUUGCCUUUUACUCCCACUGGGACUCCUCACUCUGCUACACUGAGGAAACAGAGAAGCCCAAAGUAUUCACUACUUCUGCCGGCUCUGAAAAGGACAGUUCGACUUCAAGGUGGUAAGUUUCUGUGCACUAGUGAUACAGAUGCAUUGACAGCAGCAGACAGUCAGUCGUGUUUUCAAAGGUCUCCCAGUAUGACAGGAGACUUUUAUCCCCAGCACACACAGAUGCCAUCUGACAAGAUUAUUUGUGUAACGCCAACCAUAGGUCCGCCUCCUGGAACUGAUGUCCUUCCAUCAAUAUGGCAACUGCUCAUUUACUUAUAUCAAAUUAUGAAAUCAAAAAUCAUAACUGCCAUGCUCCAUAAUGAUCCUGACCUCCAUAUACUCCUACUAUCACACCACAUUCAAUGGGACUAUAGUGUAAAUUUGGAACUGAUAAAAUGCCUUAUGAAAACAAUCGAACAACAUAACACGACGGCUGGAUUCCACCAGCUACACCAGAAGGUGAUAAAUGAGGACAAAUGGAGUCUCACAUCGCUUUGGUUAUCUUUGGCUUAUAGAAACAACACGACUGGACCUGCCUGUUUCAGUUGAAAAUUGUGCCUUAACUGCGCUACAAAGUGCUCUUGCUUUAUGGUUGCCUUUGUUUACAAGUUGUGAUUAUUGAGGUUUUCCUCUGCUGGGCACAGUGCUUUAUACCUUAUACUAAUAUUAACUACAAAUGCCUUUAAUUAACAAGGAAAAUGUAUAGAAAAGGAAAGCGUGGACAAGAGCUCUAAAAAUAUUAAUGUGAUUAUUUGUCUGCAAAUAGUGUAUUUUGAUCUACAUGGAUUUUACUGUGAAAACUAGUUAUGGUCUUCAUGUCAAAGUUACAUUUCAGCCACCAAGUUAUAUAAAUAUGUGUUCAUUUCUUGAGAACAGAGGGGAGGAUUAUCAGAUACUAGCAGUAUAAAUCCAAACGAUCAUUGCCGAUUUAAGCUUUUCCCAGAUAUAUUGGGAUUGGCGUUGCAGACAACUGAUAAGUAACAAGAAACUGUAUUACAGAAAUGCCCAAAAUAUGUUUAUUUUCCAUUAUAAAUUGUCUUUGUCACAGUAAUUUGGUAACCAAAAUAAGGGACCCUAUAGAAAAUUUUUGUGAUUAUGUUCAAAAAAAGUUGGCCGAUGUGCUGUUAUCAGAUGUUUUAAACUUUCAAAUAUCUAAUCAGCCUCAGAAAUCCAGUAUUGAUUGAGCUAUAAAUUGAUGAUGAUUGAUGAUGAUUUUUUUUGUGUGUAGUUUGACUUGCUUGCACUGCAGCUUCUGUCGGGGUUCCUGCGAGUGGCACUAUAAUAAUAGCGACUACUGUACCUAAAUCUUAAAGUAAAUAUAUUUGCUAAACUGAAGCUAGCUGAGCAGUUUCAUAUGUAUAGAGUAACUUCUGUAUGGCUCCAAAAAGUAUUUAGCUACCUAAAAUGUGUAUGUUUUUGUUUGUUUUUUGACCAACUGAUAAACGGUGACUCACACUAAUAGUAUUGCAAUAGAACAUUUUAUGUAUGCUGCAAAAUUUCAAAAUGCUGCACUUUAACUAACAUCUAAUUUUCUGUUGAGGUGAAUCUGUCUUUAGUCCAUGUACAUUAGGUGAACUUAUAUCCUUUUGCUGGACACAGAUACCUGUAAGGCAUACACUCAGUACAUUACAGUAUGUUAUGGUGUUUUUCCAUAUAAUGUCAUGAUCGAGAUGUGUUCACUGUGAAUCUUGUCUGAAAAGAAAUGAUUGUUGGGAUUGUUGUACCUUCCUUGGCCUUUAACUCAGUAGCAUUUUAAAAAUGGUCUAACCAUUUAUUUGGUUUGUCAUUAUCUUUGAAGAGGUUAGAGAGAGUAGGAGCAAGGAUUUUUGGACCAUUUCAGUAGUAGUCCAGAAAUCUGUAUGUUGAAGGUAAAAGGUACUAUUGUUUUUCUAUUGUGAAUGUGUGUGUUUUUAUUUGGACAUGACAUCUUCUUGCAACUUGCAUACAGUUGUUUGGCUUUUGUUGUUUUUACUUUUUUUUACCACUCCAUCCCUCCAUUUUAGAGGCAGUUGUUUCAGCUUUAAUAAGGAAAUUACCUUUAAUUUAAAAGCCUUACUUUACCAAAGUGUUUUGAUUGUGUCAUCUGAAAGCCUGAGAAAAUUAAAUGAAAGGGUUGCACAGGAUUUUUAUGUAUUUAACAUUUCAUAUUCUCCUUUUGAAUCAAUGCAUUUUAAUAUUAAAACAGUAAUUUUCUGUA